AUGAGUGAGUCAUCAUCCUUUCACUCAGGGAAGUUAAUUUCAUUAGCCCGGUCAAUCUCCGGGCUGGGGCUGGAUGCUGCGAAUGGAGGCCCUAUCAACCCCCCCGACGAUGACGAGCCUCCCCCUCCGGUGUCUGGCAUUGAGCUGGGCCCUGGGCUGUAUUUUGCUGAUGGCCGGAGGAAGGUGGACUAUGUUCUUUGCUACAAAUGCAAAAAGCGGCGGGAAUCCAAGUCGCGCCUUUCUAUCGCAUCCAAUGGAAGUCUGCCAAUACUGGUAGCUGGUCGACGCAACACUGAGGCAGAGAUUGGGGAGAUAGGGAUGGGGGCAGGGGAUGGAGAGGAGUCGAAGCUUACCGAGCAGGAGAAGGCGGUAACGAGGCAGGAGUUCGAGGCCGGGCUGCUGGAAGCCGGACUACAGAUAGAACGGGAUAAAGAGAGGUCGCAUGGUAUCAGCUUUAUUCGCCUGCACGUACCUUGGCCAAUACUCAGCAGAGAGGCGGAACUUCAGAAGAUUAAAGUUGCUGUGAAAAAGAAGUGUGAACUGCGGAAACCCACCGGCAUUGCUGGUGUAUGGGAUGUCUUGAUGAACACGAUCAACAAGCCGUUCCAAGCAGACGUUCCUGAUGUUGACACCCACAGAGACUCGCAGACACGCGCCCGCUUCAAGACUCUCAAACAUCCCUUCAUCAGAGAAAAGCUCCACCUGUACGAUAUCAAGUCAGCAGAAACCCUAUUCGACAAUGCCACCCGCAGCAGGAUAGUUGCUGAGAUUAUUUCACGCACAACGUGCACACAAACUUGCCAAACUACUGGCAUCACCUCACUGUUGGCGCGAGGUGUCUAUGACUCUGCCUUCUCUCUGCACGAUGGAUCGUUCACGAGAAGGGGACGGAGAGAUCAGCGAAACGACAGACAGCUGCUUCAUGAAGAAUGGGCCAACUAUGGAGUCAUGCACAAAUACCAGCCUGUGGACCUCAUCAGGAAGUACUUUGGAGAACAGAUUGGAUUGUAUUUUGCCUGGCUGGGUGUCUACACCCAGCUCCUCAUCCCUCCAUCUGUACUAGGAAUUAUUGUCUUCCUGUACGGUAUAUUUACUGUUGACACCAAUGUGCCCAGUCAGGAGACAUGCGAUGACAGUCUGAACAUCACCAUGUGUCCACUGUGUGACGCUGUAUGCGACUACUGGCAUCUGAGUUCGGUGUGCUCGCUGGCCAGAGCAUCAUACCUGUUUGAUAACGGAGCCACCGUCCUCUUUGCUAUUUUCAUGUCCCUGUGGGCUGCCUGCUUUCUUGAGCACUGGAAGAGACGGCAGAUGUGUCUGAAACAUUCUUGGGACCUUACAAGCCUGGAGGAUGAGGAGGAGCGAGUCCAGGAGGAGCUCAGGCCUAACUAUGAAGCUGUGUUACACGAGAAGAAAAAUAAGAUUAGAGCAGAGAUUAAAAAGAAGUUGGAGCAGAACAAGGAUGGUGCAGAUGGAGAACGGGAGCAGAUGCUGUCCUCCCAGCAAGAGCCGGAGUCCCUAGAAAUUGAGGAUCACCUGUCCGGUUACCUCGUCAACAUAUCCACCCUGCUACUACUGGUUGGCGUUACUUUCUCGGCCGUCUUCGGGGUGGCGAUGUAUCGUAUCUGCAUGUUGACAGUUUGGUCCAUGAACCCGGACCCUGAAGCCAAGGCCAGCGUGAGGAUGACGGUCACCACCACGGGCAUCAUCCUCAACAUGCUGGUGGUUCUAGUCCUGGAGGAGGUCUACGGAGCAAUCGCUGUCUGGUUGACUGAGCUUGAACUUCCCAAGACAGAGGCAGAGUUUGAGGAGAGGCUGAUCUUUAAGUCUUUCUUUCUCAAAUCCAUGAAUGCCUUUGCACCCAUUUUCUAUGUGGCCUUCUUUAAGGGCAGGUUUGCCGGACGGCCUGGGGACUAUUUUUACAUCUUUGGAGAGUAUCGCAUGGAGGAGUGUGCUCCACCAGGCUGCCUCAUUGAGCUGUGCAUCCAGCUCAGCAUGAUCAUGCUAGGGAAGCAACUCAUCCAAAACAAUGUGUUUGAGAUUGUUAUACCUAAAUUAAAAAAGAUAUACAGAACAAUACAGGAGGAAAAGGGAAAUAAGGACACGUCCGAUAACGAGGAAGACGAAAACAAGAGGCCGAAGCAGCAGUUUGACAAAGAUUUUGCCCUGGAGCCUUUUGAAGGCGUGACCCCGGAAUACAUGGAGAUGAUCAUCCAGUACGGAUUCGUGUCUCUGUUUGUGGCCUCCUUUCCUCUGGCGCCGGCGCUGGCUUUGCUCAACAACGUAAUCGAGAUCCGCUUGGAUGCCGCGAAAUUUGUCACGGAGAUCCGCAGGCCCGACGCCGUUAGGUGUAAAGACAUAGGGAUUUGGUACAACAUACUCUGUGGAAUCAGCAAGUUCUCUGUCAUUACAAAUGCAUUUGUCAUCUCCUUCACAUCAGAGUUUAUUCCCCGCAUGGUUUACCAGUACAUGUACAGUGUGGAUGGCACAAUGAAUGGCUACACAGAACACUCACUGGCCUACUUCAAUGUCAGCAACUUCCAGUCGGGGACUGCGCCCAUUUCCACACUCAGCACCGGAGUCUCUGUGUGCAGGUACAAGGACUACAGAGACCCGCCGUGGGUGCCAGAUGCCUACACUUUCUCAAAACAGUACUGGUCUGUCCUUGCUGCAAGACUGGCCUUUGUUAUCUUCUUCCAGAACCUGGCCAUGUUCCUUAGCAUGCUGGUAGCAUGGAUGAUCCCAGAUGUGCCACGGUCUCUGCGGGAGCAGCUGAAGAAGGAGAACAUGUUGCUGAUGGAGUUUCUGUUGAGUGAAGAGCAGGAGAGCCGCGCCAAACCUCACUCUUCACAGCGGCCCGCCCCAUGCUGCCCCGCCAACAUAGACAUUGUGGUGGAAGCGCCGGCAGAAGAGGAAGAGGGAGGGGAAAGGGAGGGUGAACGAGAGGUGGCGGUGGAGGGGCUGGAGGUUGAUAUAGGUCUGGAUAAGACCGGCGACAGGGAUCCAGAGCUUGGGAAGUCAGUUGACAUAGAAAAAGAUGCAGGACUGGGAGGAGGUGGUGGAGGAGAAUUGGGUGAAGAAAGUGAUGGCGAAGUGAAUGAGGAGGAUGGUAAAGAAGAGAAAGAGGAAGAAGAAAACGAGGGAAAAGGAGAAGAAAAAGAAGAAGCAAAGGAAGAAGCAAAGGUAGAUGAGGUGGAAGCCGAUCAGGGGGAGAUUGUUUCCAUUGACCUGGACUCCUUCAUGGAAGAGCUGGGAUUGUUAGAUGAGAAGCCAUCAUCCAGCAAGGCUCGAGAUAUGGAGCUGCCUGACUUUGGCUCCAGACACAGUUUCGACAAGGACCGAGAUUCCCCAGCAUAUCCGGACCUGCCAUCAAAAAGAGGCUCAUCCCAGAGUCUCAUGGGCUCCACUGAAGAGACCAAGGCCUCAGAUCCCCGGCUCUUCUCACUAAUAGGGCCCCCUCCCAGGGACCCCAUCUCCAGAGUCAAAGCCCGCUGCUCCACCCUGCCUUCCCGACAAAGAGCUGCUGAAGCUUGCUACAGCUUGCCACGCCCAAGUCACUCCACCAGCCUCACAAAGUUUCAGCGGCUGACCCCACACUCUCCUCUUGUUCCUUUAUGCUCUUCAGCAGCCGUCUCAUCUGACCCCCUCCCCCACCCACAAACACCGGUGUCAACCACAUCUCCACAACCCACACAGACCCCACCUUCCAACUCGGAGCUCUCCCAUUCCAAAGCCCCCUUGCCGAGUGAACUCUUUAUGCUGAAAGGCCCUCCACCCCAAGACCCACACUCCAGGGCCAAAGGCCGCUGCUCCACCUUGCCUGCCCGUCAAAGAGGCCCCGGGGCCGAGGAAAGCUCUGCCAAACCCAGUCAUUCGACCAGCUUCACAAGGCUGGGAGACCAGGUCCCCCCAUCCCCAAGUGAACUAAAGCGUGACACUCGGGUGUGAGGACAUGGUGAGGUGAUGGAAAUAAAAGGAAGGAGGCACAAGGAGGAGGAGGAGGGGUAUAUGGAUGAGCCUCACCCUUCUUUUUGCCUGAGGCCUCACUCCUUCCCUUAUGUUUC